AACAGCGCGUGGCUGAUAAACAGCGAAUAACAAAUACGGAUUAUGGAUAUUUUGAUACCGCCAGCGGCAAAGAAAUGCAAGACGACAGCACUGGAUGAGGACACCUUUGGCAUCAAAGCCAUCCUCUCCGACGAGUACAAAACCGAAAUACGGCUGAUCAAAGUGCACAGCAGUCAGCUGGAGAGCAAACAACAACUGCAGAUUGUCAUCGAGGAGCUCGCCCAGAAAUUGCCACAUUUUCAGCACUUGAAGCGUGUGCAUGACAGCAACGUGCUAAUAUGCCCCACAGCAGACAUAGAGGACACGCUAGAGCAGCAUCUGAAGCUGCACAAGAUCUCCGACAAGGUGCUGGCGGCGCUUUGCCGCAAGGUGAACGUUGUCGAAGUGCCCGCCAGUUGGGCCAAGUUGCGCACGCAAUACGAGCAGAUGAUCCGCUACUGGCCAUGCAAAUUCCAUCCGGAUAAAUACGCCGAAUCGCUGCACAAUGGCAGCAACUUUACGGCCAGCCAACGUGUGUACCACAAACGCAUGGCGCACCUGCUGCGCAACCUGUCCAAGGAUGUGUGUGACGGGCAGCCAGUCGGCAUUUGUGUUGAUCCCCGGCAGCCGAGCAUUGUGGCCAUUGCAGCAGCUGGCAACAGCAGCGGGAGCAGCAGUCAUCAGCAUUGCGUCAUGUGGCUGGUGGAUCAUGUGGCGCGUAGUCAGCGCGGAGGCGCCUGGCCAUCUCCACUAUCCUUUGUCGAGGAUGUGGGGCAGGCAACGCGAACGUUACGCGGCAUGCCACAAACCUAUUACGAUUAUUUACGGGGGCAUGAAGCCAGUCGGGAUUUGCUGUGCGGCGCCGAGUUGCCCAGAUGCGGUGAGCCGAGCUCAGUAAAUGAUGAUCUGCAGGCUGGCAAUCUGGCCAAAUAUGGUCCGUAUUUGUGCACUGGCUACGAUGUCUACUUGCUGCGCGAACCGUGCCUCAUGUGCGCCAUGGCGCUGGUGCACAGUCGCGUCAGGCGCAUCUUUUUCCUGGAGCUGUCGAGGAAUGGCGCAUUGGCGUCCACUUUCCAGCUGCACGCGGUCAAGGAGCUGAAUCACCACUACGAGGUUUUUCAGUUUACAACCGCUUAACAAACAUUAUGUGUAUAUAUAUUAUUUUAUAUGUUAUUCUCAACUGGACAAUAGAUGUAAUUACUUAGA